UGCCACGCAGAGUUGCAAUGCUUCGUGUGAGCCACAGACAAGGAAGUAUUGAACUACGGCAUCUUAUGAUAUUACAGUGAAUUAUAUGCUCCAAUUCUAUUUAAUUUUUUUUUCAACAAUGUGUAUGCAUCAUUGCCCUUGGAGCUUUCAAUAUACAACUCUCGCUUAGGCCUCUGUUAGUUGUGUAAGCUUUAGACAUUUCAAUACUUAUGUCUUUCUUUGCACAUGCAUUUUCCUAUGUAUACAUCUAAAUCUGUUUAUAAUGGUAGAUAUAUCAUAAUAGUGUCGUUGCAUGUGCUGGAGUUGUUUAUAAAAUAAUAUAUGAAACAAAUUUUGAAUUCUAUUUUUUUAUUAAUUUUAUAGAUGUUGCAAGUUAUUUAUUAGUGUAAUAUUCAUGCUGUAACAGGUCUUAUUAUGACUAUAGUUGAUAUCAGGGCAAAAUGGGUUUUGUUGUGUGAUGGUUGGUUGUGCAUGGAGGAUCUGGUUUGAUGUGGGGCUUCCUUUGGAGGUGCUACAGAAGUGCACGGUGGAGGGUGUUGGUUCUUGGAUGGGUGUGGAGGAUCUGGGUAUCGUACGUUUUCGGUGGAGGUUGACUCAGAGUAUUCGGUUAUAUAUUAAGUAUAUUGGAUGUGCUAUGCAUGAACAAUGGUUGUGUGAUGGAUUUGUGUUGAGCUCAAGUGAUAUAUGGAUUGGGUGGUGGAAGCAGCAGAGACAUGAAGCAGAGGAGGGGAGAGUAUGUGGUCCAUCCCCUCAAGGUUUCUUUGGAGGACCUCUACAAUGGGACAUCCAAGAAGUUGUCCCUAUCUUAAUGCAAUCUGCUCCAAGUGCAAGGGUAAAGGCUCCAAGUCUGGUACUUCAAUUAAAUGUUUUGGUUGUCAAGGUUCUGGAAUCAAAGUCUCCAUUACGCACCUUGGCCCUUCUUUGAUCCAGAAAAUGUAGCAUGCUUUCAAUGAGUGUAAGAUAUCUCUUCUGAGUAUAGUAGGAACAGGAAAGAAGUUAAUGUCACAUGUGAAGAGUUAUACUAUGUUUACCAUAUGGUGAAUACAUAAGAAUUUCAUAUUGGAUAUAUACUGAUAGACUAGAAAUAAUUAUGCACAAAAUCAUUUGUUA